AUCUCUCUAUAGCCAAAAAUGAAUGAUAAGUACUAAAUUGAAAAAUAAAAUCUGCAAUGCAAUAUCAAUAUGGUUCUUAAGAGGCCCAUAUAAUAGGGUUUGCCACUUGGUUUCAGCCGAAUAAUACAAACACAGCCGUUCUACCUCUCGCUUGGUCAGCAUCUCCUGAACCAGAACCUACACUAUACCUCAAAAUCUUCGAACUACUCAAAUUUCCCACCUUUUCACUGUCGUUCUGCAAAUUUUCCAUAUGGGGAUCUAUAAAUCGGCUUUAAUCCAACUGGGUUUGCUUUAAAAUCUGCCAGUUUGCACUGGCCAAAUCCUUAGUAGACUGUGAUGUUAUAAAGCUAGAACCUUUGGGUAGAUUUUAAAUGUAUAUGGCUACUAAAGUCAAUUCCUCUUCAUUUUCAUGUGUGCCUACUUCAUGUUCUUCACCUUUUAAAUCAAGAAGAAGCAGCUCCCAGCUGUUGUCAGAAAGGCCAUAUUUUGAACUGCACUUUAAUGCUCAGAAGCUAAGAAAUGCUAAAGUGAAUUCGUGCCACUUCAUUGGCGGCCUGCUAAAAGUAAACAGACAUCCCACAAGACAAUAUGUGCUCCAUGCAACCUCUCAUGAUCAGAUAGAAGACUCUGAAAUAGUUUCUGAUGAAUUGGAGUCAGAAGAUCAUAAUUUUGCGGCUGAAACUGUGUCUCCUUCAAGCAGUUCCUUUAAUCAUUAUCAUGGAAAACCAGGUUUAGUUUCAUUUUACAGUCCUCCUUAUAAGAAAGAGGAGGAAGUGAGCAAACCCAAAGUGCAAAAGAAUCAAAGCAGCCUAUUAUGGUUUAUAGGUCCUGCUGUCCUUGUAGCCUCUUUCAUCUUCCCCUCACUUUAUUUGAGGAGAAUACUCUCUGCAGUUUUCGAGGACUCUUUGCUGACAGACUUUCUCAUAUUGUUCUUCACGGAAGCUCUUUUCUACUGCGGUGUUGCGGUUUUCCUUUCGCUAAUAGACCGCUUAAGAAAGCCCAUAGAAGCAGAGUCUGCUGCAAAUGUGGACACAACUUUGGCUCCUCAAUUAGGACAGCGAAUUUCUUCUGUGGCUGCCUUGGUACUGAGUCUCAUGAUCCCUUUGGUAACAAUGGGCUUGGUGUGGCCGUGGACUGGCCCUGCAGCUUCUGCAACGCUUGCUCCAUACCUAGUUGGUAUUGUCGUACAGUUUGCAUUUGAGCAGUAUGCAAGAUAUCGAAAGUCACCUUCAUGGCCUGUCAUUCCGAUAAUCUUCCAAGUAUAUAGAUUGCACCAACUGAAUAGAGCAGCACAACUGGUGACAGCUUUGUCAUUCACAGUGAAAGGAGCUGAAAUGACCUCACACAACUUAGAGAUAAGCAGUUCGUUGGGUACGCUUUUAAACGUCCUUCAAUUCCUUGGUGUAAUCUGCAUUUGGUCGCUCUCCAGCUUUCUCAUGAAGUUUUUCCCGUCAGCUGCCCAAACUGCAGAAUGAUGCAGUAAGUUUGAAAGAUAAAGUUGACAUUCAUCAUCGUAGAUUAGAAGAAUUCUCUUUCCCUUUGAUUUACACAUUGUUCUCUUUGUUUUCCGAGCUUAUAGUGAAUUACAGAUAGAGUUCGAAAAAGGUUAAAUUAAAUCUUUGUCGAUUUCAUUGACAUGAUCGAGUUGCGAAAACUUCAGGAUAAGUAUUGACUGAAUUAUUUCUGGUUAAAAUAUCUCAAGUAAUAUAUAUGUAUAUUAUUAGGAAGAAGCACCAUUUUUGGAAGCUGCUUUUAUCCAAAUUCUGCUCAUCUUUCUUUAGAA